AUCCUAUUCUAAAAGCUGCAUGCUAAAUAUAUAAGCAUGGUUUCAGUUCCUGGCAUGUAUAUACUAUUGUAACACCAUGUAUUAUUCUGAUCCACUUUAUGCAGUGUUAAAUCCACUGUGGAUCUCAGACAAUACUAAAUGUAUUAAUCUUAUACUAGAAAAACUUAAAUAAAAUAUGUAAAUGAGACUUCACAAUAUAGUAGAACUAGUUCAUGUAAAGUUAUGUAUCAUCAAAAACACUAAUGUAUUCAUUGUUUUUAACACUAACAUCCUAUGCACUUAACCCCAUUGUUGUACUGUGAACAUCUAACAAUAACAAUUAACAACGCAGCUUAUUUUUUGUUAACGCUUUUGCAACCUUAAAUUAUAACAUUACCUUUUUAUUGAUAUCUUAUGCCAUCAAGCUGAUGGUAGGCAUGUGUUUUUGGUCAGAUUUUAAGAAUUUGCAGAUUUUGCUGGUACCUUAUAUAUCCUAUGUUGAGUUUGAUUCUACUAGGGAAAUAAUUAUGUGUUUUGUUUUUUGAAUGUUCAGUGAUUAAGACUCUCAAUUUUCAUGAUUUUGUUAUGUUACCUUUUGAUAAUUGGGUUAGUUUUCAAGGAUCUUUUUGGGAUAUGAGGUUGUUCACAGUAGAAUUAUGGGUAGGUCUUAUCUUGUUCUAUUUCUGCCAGACCUGUCCCAUAUCCAGUCACCAGUCUGGAAACCAAUGGUGCCACCUAUAUCACAGCUGGAGCCAUCUAGUGAGAACAUUACUACACAGACAGAGACAUCUUUUGAGGAAUUUUCAAGUUUGCCAUUUGGGAGUCCUCUGUGUUCAUCCACCCCUGACCCCAUAGGGAUGUAUUCCACACCACCUGCUUCUCCCCCACCUAACAAACAGAUCUUACCGAGGGCAGGAUCUGCUGAGAAUAUUCUAGAACAGGUCAAGAGAUCAGACCUCCGGGGGGCAAAUUCGGCAUCCAAUAUCUCCGAGACAGAACCAGUAAAGAAACAAACUAAAGCAGCAAAACCAAAACCAAAAUUACGACUGCGAAUUUUAAGUGGUGGUAAAUCUGAUGGAAACCAAACAAAAACUGCUCCCAUACACAUGGACGCAGAAUUAAUGAGAAAUCCAUAUUUGGACACAUUGGCUCCAAUGAGGGAAGAACAGCAUGUUGGUGUCUCACACACACAUGUUGGUGUCUCACACACACAUGUAGAGGAUCCUGGUCUUGAGUCGAAAGGGACUUUAAAUACAACACCAUUGACUGCCCCUAUUCACCAUGAAUCCAACAAAUUUAUGAAAAAUCGUAAAAACAGUCGGCCAUUUAUGUCACGCCCAUCUCCACCAUCAACUCCAAGUUCUCCUGGAUAUCAGUCAAAAUCUGGUUCUGAGUCGGAAUCGCCAAGAAAGAUGGCGCCUGAAAAGCGGAGGAAAUCGUGGUUAAGUAAGGGACGCACGUUCAGUUUACCUGUUAUGAACCCUCCCAGUAUUGUAGAGCCUCCGCGUGUGAACAGUCCUCUCUCCAUGCAUGGCAGUGGUGUGGGAGUAAGGCAUGAUGGUUCGUAUGAUGGUUCAUAGAUCUUUCCUACCUUUAAGAUCAUUCUUUAAGAUAUUGUACUUAUACAUUUUGCAAUCUAUAAUCUGGUGUGGUGAGAUGUAGGGAUCGUUCUACCUUAGUGAUAACAUACAAUGCAUCUUUACCUUAGUUCAGAACAUACAUGUGUAUCGAUAAUCAUCCAUCACAACUCUGCUUACGGUUAAUGGUUUGAUUUUUGAGAGCUGUUAUAUGUAAAUUAUGGUCUUUUUACCAGUGGCAUUUACUUUCAAGGUUUUGAAAGAAAGAUACACUAAAGCUAGACAAAAAAAUAAAUAUGAAAUAUUUAUAUGAUAUGUUCUAAUCAAAACAUGGUGAAAUUGAAACAAAAUAGUUUUGUUUAAAAGAAUGUCUCUGGAUAAAAUAUGACUGAUUGAAGUUUGUAAGGUUAGCCCCUCAUCCGACCCCUCACCCCCUCAUGAUGUAAUGAUAUAUCCUCAAGUCAUACAGUAUAUAGAAAUGAUCUAAUUUGUUUUGAACAAUCUUAAGUCCAGGUGCAUUGUCGUUUGAUGUAAACAAUAUUAGUGAAAUAUAUGUUAUGUGGUAUAUAAUACAGGUUUUUAAAGCUGUUCUGUCAGUCUCUUAAAAACAGAGGUGAUUGUUUUCCAAAUUAAUUCUCAAAACAUCUCCCAUCAUCGUUUAAGCUUUCAUAUACUGAGGCAGUUUUAAGGUUGGUCUUGUACAACAAAUUUUGAACCUGUCUGUGCGUGUUCUACUUUUAAUGAUCCGAGACCUACCUGAUAUGAUCCAGACUAGACAAAUGUUUGAUCCUAGACUUACCAUAAAUUAUCCUAGACUUACCAUAAAUGA